AUGGCUACUGGAUAUAGUGAUCGUACAAAUAGACGCAUUGGUUUUUCGGCGUUCGUUGUUCAAAAUAGGGAUGAUCAGCAUUCGACUAAUCCUGAUGAUAUGACACUUAAAAUAGUCCGCGAACUUAAGCGUAUUGUUCAAAAUAAAAUCAACCAAGGUGACACGAUAACUCAACCAAUUUUUGAGUUAGAAGUUGCCAAGAUCAAACGUGACUAUGAUCCUUAUCAAUGUGAUAUUGAACGAUUGAAAGCGCAACUUCCACGUGAUAUUAAAAAUUGUCCCGAUUCUAUUUUACGUGUAUCAAUGGCCUAUGGAAAUGAUCCACAACAAAUAGAAUCGCGUGUCGAUCGUUUAUUUCUUAGUGAAGUUCAUCAUUUCACUCCUAGCUUACGAGACUAUAAAUUUGACAAUGCUCAUAAAGCAGUACAAGCUAUUCGUAAUACAACAUAUGAAUCAAACAAACCAGAGGAUCUUCUUGCUAUUGUCAAAACAGUUCAAGAAACCGACGACAUUCGUGAUCUUGUAAACAGUAUGGCAAGAUCAUCAAUAAAACAAAAUGAAUCAACAAGAACAACAACAACAACAACAACAACAUCACGAUUCUCUGAUGAUGACCAUCAUUCAAAUGUCAAUACCAGAAUGAAUGAUCGAAAUCGUUUUAAUGAGGAUCGAAAUUCACCGCAUUCUUACAGUCCUGUACCUGAUCCUCAACAAAAUUCUCUUCAGUACCCAAAUCGUCAAUUGGACAGACUUGCCGAUCAAGCAAAAGAUAGAUCAAAUGAUAAUUCUGCACGUCGUGACAGUGGAAAAAAAUAA